AUGCAGCUCAUUCGCUCAGCUGUUGCUGUGAGCUUGGUUGCUUUGGCGUCGGCGCAGACUUUCCAGAAGCUGGGGUGUGCGGAGAAUGGCUGCAUUACUCCACCGGAUGCUCAAGACUUCCUCGCUGGCCAGUACUUUGACAUUCGUCUAGAGGUCCAUGCCAAUGUCAACCAGACGAACGGAAUUCCGGACGAGAACUUCACCUUCACUAUUGGCAAGAAGGGCGAGGAAGCCAAGCCCGCUUCCGAGUACUUUGGAAUUGAAGAGCCAGCGAUCGAGAACUGGGACUUUGAGUGGUAUGAAGAUCUAUUCGCUCGAGACGCCGAUCAGCCAUGGAAAGUCAACGUUGCUUCGAAAGCUUUCCGUAGAGUUGCUUUGUAUGAGCCUGGUGACUACGUCGCGACGCUCACGUACAAUGGUACCGAGACUGCCGUAGCAGAAUGGCUCGUAAGAGAUAUUGAGCAGGUUCGCAAGACGAAGAACGUUCUGCUUUUUAUAGGCGAUGGUAUGACUACGAACAUGAUCACUGCUGCUCGCUUGAUCGCCMACAAGACUGUCAAUGGUCGUUAUCAAAGUCUGAUGGCCAUGGAUCAAUUCCCUCAUUUGGGCCAUCAAAUGACGCAUUCGCUGAACUCAUUCAUAACCGACUCGGCAAACAGCGCGACUGCAUUGUACACUGGCCACAAGUCAGAUGUCAACGCUCUUGGAGUCUAUGCCGAUAGCUCACCAAACAGCCUGGACGAUCCCAAGGUAGAGACCAUUGCCGAGAUCUUCCACCGAGUCCAUGGUGGUAAGAUCGGCAUCGUGAGCACUGCUUUCCUUGCGGAUGCUACGCCCGCGGCAUUGACUGCCCACACCAGGAACCGUAACGAUUACGGUGCUGUGAUCGACUCUUUCAUCCAUGGUAUCGUCAACUACACAUGGACUGACUGGUCGGGCCCAGAUGUUCUCUUCGGAGGAGGUGCCGAGAACUUCUGUGGUCCUGAUCUUGGAGGAGAGACUUACAUGGAUCUCGAUUACUACAAGGUCUUUACGGACGCCGGCUACAACCUUGUCMACAAUGCAAGCGAGCUCAAUGCAACGUCAACCAGUGAGAGGACUCUAGGAGUCUUCACCAAGUCCAACAUGGCCAAGUGGCUCGAUCGUCAGGUCUACACUGAUAACCUCAACGGAAACGAGGAUGCUCCAAACUGCGAGGGUGGUGAUGCCAACACUCAACCCGGUCUCAAAGAGAUGACCCUCAAAGCUAUUGAUAUUCUUGAGACCCGUGCUGGUGAUGAGGGCUGGUUCUUGAUGUCUGAAGCUGCUUCUGUGGACAAGAUGAUGCACGUUUUGGAUUACGACCGUGCUCUUGGUGAGCUCCUCGAGUUGGACGACACGAUCAAGCAUGCCAUCGCACAUCUCAAGGGGAUCGAUGCAUACAAGGACACUCUGAUCGUGGUCACUGCCGAUCACGGCCACGGCUUCGAUGUUUUUKGCAGUGUCGAUACCAAGUACAUGGAUGCUCAAGAAACCGACCGUGAGAAGCGUAAUGCCAUUGGCACAUACGAGGCUUCUGGACUGUCUCAGUACAUCAACACUGGUAACCUUCGCUACUCGGAUUCCAACUUCCCCUCCAAUUGGGAGCCAAGAUACACUCUCGCUCAGGGUUUCGGCGCGAGACCUGACGUUAGGGAGAAUUUCCGCGUUCACAAGGAUGGUCCAAGACUGCCAGAUGGUAACAUCACUGGCUUCCCCUCAGACGACUACUUCGUUAACCCCGAAGAUGCCGUCGGAGGAUUCAUCAUGAACGGUUCCCUCCCCACCGACGCGGCUCAAGGUGUCCAUUCCCUAACCGACGUACCCGUCUUCAGUUCCGGCCCUUGCAGUGAGAACUUUGGCGGUGUCUACAGCUCCAUUGACGUGUUUUUCAAAAUCGCAGACUGCCUUGGUUUGAGUCAGGUCCCGAAGGAGGGCGAGGAAUGCCCAUCUUUCAAAGAUGGCAAGGAUAAUUGGGGCAAGUAUGAGUCUGACGAACAGUAUGGCUACCAUCGAUACACUGAGAAGGCGCCUUAUUAUGCCAAGAAGGAUACUUCCGAGUAG